AUGAAUAUAUAUACUUUUUAUAAUCUAAAAAAACAAUUUCCAUUUGAUUAAAUAUUAAAAAAACGAAAGUUCUUGAGAGUAUUAUUUGUGUAUAUAGAAUAUUAGAUAAGUCACAUUUUAGAUUAGUUUAAAUGCUAUUGUGAAUAAAUAUUUAGAUAUUAUUUAUUUUUUUAUUUAAAUUAUUCUGCAAGAAGAGGAAAUGUAAUGAAUAUCAAUAUUUUAGGUUGCCAAGAGGAUAGUAAAAUAUAAGAUAAAUAUUUUUAUAGUGCUUUUAUUAGUAAUAUUGGAAUGAUAUUGUAUAUUACUUGUUGGAUGGCAUAAUAUUGUUAUCAAGCAAAAGCUUACGAUAUUGGAAAUUUAUCAGGAAUGGAUCAUUAUUAAACAUGGGUGAUAUUGAAUAUAGCAGGGGCAAGUUGUCUCUUAUUAGGCUUGUUGAUUAGCUUAGCCAAAAUUGCUAUAGAUUAAGCUGCCUUAGGAUAUGGAUCAUUAGGAAUCAGUUUAGUUGGUUGGAUUAUUAUUACAGUUGGUAUGGGAAUAGGAUCAGAUACAGAUCAAGUUUUAAUUUCAAAAUAUUUUAAGUUCAAAAAUACUUCCCUAGAUUAUAAUAUUCCAGUCUCAAAUUGGUUCGCAAUCACAGGAAUAUGUUUCCAAACUGCUUUCAAUGGAUAUGAACAUUCAAUCUAGGAGGACGAUAGCACAGGUUAAACAAACAAGUAAGUAGAAAUCUGAUUAUUAAAAUAUAUCAUAACAUUAUAAAUUUAAUCAAUAUAUAAAAAAAA